AUGGCAGCAGCAGGCACCACGACUCAUGCCCCACGGCUGCGGCGGCUGAGGAGCUCUUCCCUGAGCCAUGAGAGCCUAUGGGGCUCCCAAGAGGUCUGGCCCACCAAGGAGGAGGCCAGAGCGCGGGUCCUGGUGCUCAACACUGGGGGCACCAUUGGCAUGGGGGGCAGCGAGUGCGAUGGAGGACUUGCUCCCCAAGCUCAUAAACUGGUGGAGGCAUUGAAAAAAAUGCCUAUGUUACACGAUGAAGAAUAUGCCAAGGCCACCAAAUUUUAUGAGUCCUGUCAAUUUGCAGAAAGUACUUUGAUGCUUCCCCUCUCGAAAAGAAAGAAAAGGGUGAUCUACAGCAUCCUAGAGUAUUCGCCGCUCCUUGAUUCUUGCAACCUGACAACAGAUGACUGGGCUAAGAUUGCCAAAGAUCUCGAGACCUACUAUGAACAAUACGAUGGCUUUGUGAUCCUUCACGGAACAGACACAAUGGCUUAUACUGCUGCUGCCCUGUCCUUCAUGUGUGAGAACCUUGGUAAACCCAUUGUUCUAACAGGAGCUCAGGUACCGAUCUAUGAAUUGAGGAAUGAUGGGCGUUCUAAUCUCUUGGGGGCAUUGCUGAUAGCUGGACAGUUUGUCAUUCCGGAGGUGUGCCUCUAUUUUCACCAUAAACUGUACCGGGGAAACAGGGUGACCAAAGUGGACACAGGAAGUUUUGAGGCCUUCUCUUCUCCUAAUCUGCCUCCUCUGGCAAAUGCUGAGGUGGAUAUGAGAAUUGACUGGGGAAUUGUGUGGCGAGCCACUUCCACCAAGAAGUUCAAGGUCCACACUGAAAUGAACAGGAACGUGGGGUUGCUGAGGAUCUUCCCAGGAAUUACUGCUACUACAGUGAGGGCAUUUCUGCAGCAUCCAAUGGAAGGGAUAGUACUGGAAACGUAUGGUUGUGGCAAUGCCCCAAACAACCGUCCUGAUUUGUUGGAAGAGUUGAAGCAAGCGACGGAGAGGAACGUGGUGAUCCUAAACUGCACACAGUGCUUGCGAGGUUCUGUGGCUCCAACCUACGCAACCGGACAGGACCUUACUCAUGUUGGAGUGAUUUCAGGAGGGGAUAUGACUCCCGAAGCAUCUCUGGCAAAGCUGUCAUAUGUGUUGGGGAAAAAGCAGCUCUCUUGGAAAGAAAAGAAGCAGAUGCUGUGCGACAAUCUCAGAGGUGAAAUGUCUUCUGUGUUCACAGCAACCCAGUGCUCCUUAAAUAACAGCAUCUUUAUCAAAGUGAUGGCCAAAUUUAUAAGUCGUAAUUGCAAAGAGGAACUUGGAGUGUUGAUCCCAUCUUUGGCUUGUGCUGCUGCUAAAACUGGUGACAUGGAUGCACUGAAAGCCAUCGAAGAAGCGGGGGGAAAUCUGAGCUGUGAAGAUUAUGAUGGGCGCACCCCACUUCAUGUGGCAUCAAGCGAAGGACAUGUUCACUUAACUGAGUACCUCUUGAAAAGUGGGGCAAGCGUCCAUGCCAAAGACAGAUAUGGUGCCACUCCUUUGAUGAAUAGUAUUGAAUUCAGGCACUUUGAAAUCAUACAGCUGCUUCGUGAAACAGGAGCUCACCUUUCCAAUGAAGAGCUGGAGAAUGCUGGGACCAAACUCUGCCUUCUCGCUGCUAAGGGAGAUGUGGAUGGAGUGAUGGCUUGGCAUCUUGCAGGUGUAGAUAUGGAAUGCAUGGAUUAUGCUGGCAGAACACCUUUCCAAGUAGCAACUAUGACAAACAACCAUCGAAUCUUGGACUUGCUGACUCAGCUGAAAUCAAAAGGAGAAUCUUCAAAACGACUGUUCUGAAGAAAUUUCUAAUAAAAAGGCGAUUGAAUGUGUGAUCUUUCUAAUGGAUAUCGAAACUAGAAAAAAACCUAGAGGAACAGACCUAGACAGACUGACAGAUACUCGGCUUGCGCUUUGGGGGUAAACCUUGCCCCAUUUUGUGUCCUGGCUUUUGCUGGGAGCUCCAAUCUAUUUUGAGACCCUCUCGAAAUUGGGAGUGUUGUUUUCUAUUUGAGGCCCCCAAAAUUUGUACCAUUUUGUCUUGUCCUAUAUCACAGAAUCCUGAGGCAAUGUAUACAUCAAAUCAAGUCUAAAAAUGUAGGACAAAUUAACUUUGAAGUAAUAAGAAAUAUUAUUUUCAGACUAAGAAUACAUACAUUUUGAGCAACUUAGCAGCUGAAGGAAUUAACAUCAUUUAAAACUUGUACAAAUGUGGGAAAAAUUACACUUCUCAAUGAUAUAAUAACAUGUCAUAUCUUAGCCUGAAAGAUAAAGUGGAAGAAGUGUAAUUGUGCAAUGAAAUGUGAUUAUCUAUAUAAAUAAAAACGUAAUGUUC